AUGGACGGUUCUAAUGGUGCAAGUGGGAACUCUCCGCCCCCUUUUGAUCUCGAGAAAUUGAGAAAAGAUUCCGAUGGGUCCAUGUCUGGCAUGGCGACAAGUUUGCUCCACCAAGUGGUGCAGGGAAACCCAUAUUUUGCUGCAGGUGGUGGGCUAAUGAUACUGGGCUCUGGACUGGCGUUGGCGAGAUCGGGAAUUAUCAGAAUUAGCGGUCUGCUGUACCGUCAACUUUUGGUAGACAUGGAAAUACCGUCCAAGGACAAAUCCUACCUGUGGUUUCUGGAAUGGAUGGCCAAACAUCCCCAUCGUUCGUCUCGUCACCUUUCCGUGGAAACGAACUUCAUUCAACACGAUAACGGAUCUGUGUCCACGAAAUUCUCACUGGUUCCAGGUCCUGGCAACCAUCUCAUCAGAUACAAAGGCGCCUUCAUGCUCAUUAAGCGAGAGAGAUCGGGCAAAAUGCUAGACAUGACCAGCGGAACACCCUUCGAGACUGUCACGCUGACGACGCUUUAUAGAGACAGAAUGCUUUUCCGGGAUUUGCUCAGUGACGCCAAAAACUUGGCAGUAAAGGCUAAGGACGGCAAAACCGUGGUAUUCACAUCCUGGGGCCCCGAGUGGAGACCGUUUGGGCAACCAAAGGCAAAGCGGCUGCUUCCUUCGGUAAUUCUCGACAAAGGCAUAAAGGACAGUAUUCUACAUGACGUGAAAGAGUUUCUACAAAACGGCAGAUGGUACCUUGAGCGCGGUAUUCCCUACCGGAGAGGAUAUCUUCUGUAUGGGCCGCCAGGGAGCGGCAAGACCAGUUUUAUUCAAGCACUGGCAGGUGAGCUUGAUUACAACAUUUGCAUUAUGAAUCUGUCAGAAGCGAAUCUGACAGACGACCGUUUAAACCAUCUCAUGAACAACAUUCCAGAGCGGAGCAUUUUGCUCUUAGAAGAUAUUGAUGCUGCUUUCAACAAGAGAACGCAAACUGGGGAGAAGGGCUUUCAAUCGGGCGUGACGUUCAGUGGUCUGCUAAAUGCACUGGACGGCGUGGCGUCCUCCGAGGAAACCAUCACUUUUAUGACCACCAAUCAUCCAGAACUUCUGGAUCCAGCCAUUAUGAGACCCGGAAGGAUCGACUACAAAGUGUUUGUGGGAAAUGCUACUCCUUAUCAGGUGGGGCAGAUGUUUAUGAAAUUCUACCCAGGCGAAGAGAAAUACUGCAAGGAGUUUGUCAAGAAGGCAUCAGCACUGAACGCCUCGAUCAGCACGGCUCAAUUGCAGGGUCUAUUUGUGUUUAACAAAGAUAAUCCUGAAUCUGCUAUCCGCAUGGUGGAAACGUUGAAAUUUCCAAACCACGUAUUUUGA